CUCCUUCGAUAGGACUUGAAAAUGCGCGCGCAAUGCGCUCUAAAGUUUCCUACGUGGAUUACAUUCGUUCUGGAAUCGUUACACUGUGAAGAUAUUAGAAGUGGAUCUGACAGAAGGAGAAAAAUUCAAUCCAACAUGGAGUUUUUCGCUCUUUCCUCAAAAACACAAUUCUUUAAACAGGUGCGACUUACUAUACAGUAACGUAUACAGCAGUAGACACUUUCCUAGCCAUGUUGGUCCUUCACGUGUGUGGACAACUUUCGAGGCUACAAAACGAAUUGAUCAAUUUAAAUUCUUCUACAAGAGAAGAAUUUCAUUUCAAAUUAAGUUAUAUCGUAAAAAGGCACGAUUAUCUGAACAGAUUCAUCGAGACGAUAGAAGACGAGUUCAACAUAAUGCUCCUUUUUCAAAUACUUGGCUGUACCGUGCAACUCUGUAUGGAAUGUUUUCAAGGACUUCUGUUAAUGGCCGGUAAAGGAGAACAGAUACCCUUAGUAGAGAUGUUCUUCUUCGCAUUCUACAUCGUUUACGUUCUACUUCAACUAUAUCUCUAUUGCUACGUCGGUGAAAGACUUUGGUCCGAGAGUACCGAAGUUGCUCGCGCCGCAUACGAAUGUAAAUGGUACGAAUUCCUACCGAACGAGGCUAGAUCAUUGAUAUUGAUAAUCCGUCGAUCGCGGUCUCCUUUGCGUCUGACAGCAGGCAAAUUCUGUAAUUUCAAUCAUGAACUCUACAACAGCGUAUUGAAGACAUCAAUGGGCUAUCUAUCCGUUUUACGUGCAACAAUGAUAAAGGAAGAAUGAUACUUUUGACUUAAUACACAAAUAAUUAUAUCAUCAUAGAAUCGCAAAGAUCCAAACAAAAAAUAUCAAAAUCAUAUGAGAUUUUGUUUGUAGUUUCA